CGGGCUUGUGGCUUCUCUCUCCUCUACACACACAUCAUGGCUCUCCUCACUAAACCUACCUGCCUGGCAUUCAAGCAAGAACGUCGACAACAAGGACAACAGCCUUGAGGAACUGACUCCUGGAGGGCCAUGACGGAAUCCAGCCCAGGGAUGACAUGGGCGCUCCACGCGAACGGCACCGCCGUUACCACGGGUUACCAUCUGCAGACGACGUUUGCGACUGACGCCGCCAUCUUGGCCUCCUCACCCACGGUUGCCGCAGGCGCCAUGGCGGGCGGGGAAAACAGCACCGCCAUUCCAACAACGGUCCUCAACAACAUCACCAGCCUGAAGAACCUAACCAGAGCGUCGUACGACCCGGGUCUGGAACUCUCGGUCGGAUCGUCCGUGGCACUAGCCCUGUCCAUGAUCGGAUGUACUGUGGUGACUAUUCUAGCGAACUUGACCGUGAUCUUGGUGAUUGCCUUCACCCGGAGGCUGCACACCGUGACGUCGGCGUUCCUGGUGAACUUGGCCGCCAGUGACCUGAUGGUGGGGGUCGGGGUCAUGCCGGUGGUGACCAGCAACGUGGUCAACGAUGGAUGGGCAUACGGACAGCCGGUGUGCAAGGUGGUGGGUUUCGUCACGCUCCUGUCCUGCAUCAGCUCGGUGCUGACUCUGGCCGCCAUCGCGCUGGAUCGCUACAACGCCAUCAUCAACUGUCUCAAAUACCACACGGACGCCACCUCCAAGAAAACCGCGCGCAACCUGCUGUGGAUAUGGCUGCAGGCGCUGGCGUGCAGCGCGCCUCCGCUGCUGGGGUGGGGAGGGUACGCGUACAGUAAGUCGCGGUUCGCCUGCUCCGCGGAUUGGACGCGCACGAUGUCGUACACGCUGUUCGUCGCCGUCACGUGCUUCCUCCUUCCCGCCAUUGUCGUCAUCGUCUGCUACGCGCGCAUCGUUAAAGUCGCGCGAGAUCACGCGAGACGCAUCACCGACGUCCGCGAGAACUUGAACGCGAACAACUCCUCCCAGGAGGACUUCACGACGGUUCGCUACAUCAUUCCCGCCGUCUCCAUCAUCGGGGAUCUCCCCAGCUUCUGCACCUUCAACCCCGCGGUCCCGGCCGAGCCAGACAGCAUCUCCUUAGCGAGCAACGAUCGACACCCUGCGCCAAGCCAGGCGCGGGCAGCCUACAGACUCUUCGUCCUCAUCUUCGUCUACUUCUGCUGUUGGACGCCGUACGUCGUCGUGCAUUUGAACGAACUGUUUCACAAGCACGAGGGACCUUCGUGGAGUCACCCCACCCCGCCGUGGGUGUUCACCAUGGCCACCUGGCUGGCGUUGUCCAACUCCAUGGUCAACCCGCUCAUCUACGCGUUCCGCAGCCGCAAGUUCAGGAACUCUCUCCGCCGGCUGUGGCGGAAGCUGAGGAACGAGAACGUGCAGCCCGAGAACAGGAGAACCAUGGAGACGGUGGCGAACCGGCGGCGGGUCAGCACCAUCAGUUCCGCGAGCACCUACCUGACAAUGCUCCGCUCGCAGUCGAGCACGCCGCCGACUCAGGGCGUAGGCAGCCCGUCCCCAUUCCCCGCGCUCCAGAGCGUUGGGGAGGACAGCGUUUUCGAGGACAGCAACUCCAACAAGAGCAACACGCUGAGCCCGAACGUGCACCAAGUCAUCGUGAGAUCGCGCAGCUGCGCGGCGGACGUCCUCGUCUCUCCGCCCGGCGGCGGCGCCAACGACGUCCCGCUGGCGGAACUGCGGCGCAGCUCGGUCCCGACGCCGACGGCGAUGUUCCUGGAGGUUCCUCGGGCGCCCGCGAUGCUGCCGCCGCUGAGACAGGAGAAGCUUCCGCCGCACGUGGCGGACCGGGGUGAUUCGGUGAGCCUGGACAGUAACAAGUGCGCCGUGAUGUUGCGGAUAGACUCGGCGUCAGAGUCGUCCCUAGGCAGCCGCGUGUCGCUGGCGUCAGGGGGACAAAACUUGGCGGUUUCCAAGGAAACGUCGCGCUCCAAAGUUAGGAACUCCAAGACAGCGAAAGCUUAAAGACAAGGAUUUAUUGAAUGAAGGAAGGGCCUUUAUUGUACAUUCAUGCCUCGACGGGCCAUGUCUUUAUUGCAUUCUCUUACACAGAGCCUUGUCCAUGGCUUAGACAAUAUACCUUAGGGAGGCCCUGAUAAACCUAGCUUAGGUUUCCACUUCUGUGGGCGUUUCCUCUAAUCAGCCGUCAACCAAUGAGCGAAUCGGCUUUACCCAAAUAAAGCAUUUAGGUGAUUCUCUGAUUGGCUGAUAGCUGCUUAGAAACCACGCCCACAAAAAUGAAAAUAUCCUCCCGAUUUAGCAGAGCCUCCUAAAGGCAUAUUGCACAGGCCACGGACGGUGCUCUCUG